AUGUUUCGAUCUGCCUGGAGGGUCAAUGAGACGCUGCAAGUUGAAGAAGCUGAAGGAGGUAGGGUUUUGUUCACUUUUUCAGAUCCCACAGAUCGAGCUAGGGUUUGGAGGGGCGCACCGUGGGGUUUUAACCGUGCUCCUGUGGCUUUGGCUGAGUAUGAUGGGGUUAUGCUAAUUGAGAAGGUGCCAUUGGUGAAAUCCUCCUAUUGGAUCACGAUGCAGGAUAUUCCACCUGCGUUUAGAUCUGAAAGGGUGAUGACGAUGAUCGGAUAUGUGUUGGGAGACUUUCAGGAGAUUGAUAAGCAGGGGAAGAAGGUUGGCAAGUACCAGAUUAGGGUUGAGAUUCCUCUGAUUAGGCCAUUGUCCUUUCAACGUUGGUAUUGGGUGGAGGACACAGUGGAGUUUCUAUGCAAAUUCAGGUAUGAUAAGUUGUUUGGGAGGUGUGGAGUGUGUGGGUUGAUCACCCAUGUUGGACUGCCGUGCUCGGGGCCGCCGCUGAACGAAUAA